AACACCGCAAGUUUAGGUCGGUACUCGUUUAGAUAUAGCCCGGAGACGCCAGCGAGGAUUGUUAGCCUUUUUUUGUCGUGCGGAAGGCGACCAGUCCGGCUCCAGAGAGGCUCAUGUUCGUGUUUUUGUUUUAUCAACGAAAGAUUCAGUCUGUGAUACAUCUGAAACUUAUGACAUUCACAUCAGCACUUCGGAUGUGACCGGACGUUAUGUGUCAGACAUAUUUGGGAGGUAGUACUUUCUAUCCAAAUACUUUUUGGCUCUGUUCUUUUUUUUCAGUUGAUGACAAUGAAACAAGCGACUUAACGUGCCAUUAACUGCUUUUUAAUUAGUUAUAAACAUCAACAGAUAGCCUACUCGUGAAUCGAGCCGCGUCGUAGUAAAAAGCACUUAACUCUGUGGGGAAAGGGAAAAAAAAUGCUACCGUCCUCUGGAAAUGAUUAGAUAAGCAGUUUUCAUAUAUUAAAGUACAUAGUCCAUUCCGUGUUUUUUCGUUACUUUAUUUUGUUUAGUUGUUCCCGACUUCAGGAAAGCAUUAGGACUUACGCCGCUUCUUAACAUGGGACAUGUGUGGCGUAUUUCGGAGCUGCCGGACGCUUUGGUGACUUCGUGAGGAAAGCGAGAGGAACGUACAGCUUUCUGUUGAAACCAGAGAAAAUUGAACAAAAUUGCAGAGAUGGGGCGAGCCGCUCUGUUUAAAGUGCUGCUUGCUGGGUGGAGUCUUUGGUCCUGUACCGCUCUCUCAGACCAAGGAUCUGAUGGUUCACCUUUGGGAGUGCGUGCCCAGGUGCUGUGCAGCUGUGAGAACUCGCCCUUAUGCAUCAAUAACACCUGCUGGGGUGACGUGUGCUACUUCACCAUGGUCCGCGGGGACCUGCAGCGGGGCUGCUUCAUGACAGACCACAAAGAGCAGUGCUACACCUCUGGAAUUCCCGAUGUCUUCACCAGCUGCUGCUCUAAUCACUCCCUCUGCAAUGGAGACAUCCACCUGCCCCCCGAACCAGUUCAGCCGCAGAAUUUGGUCCUGCUGGUGGCCGUGCCGCUGCUGGUCCUGCUGCUCCUUUCAGUGGUGGCGUGCGGACUGGUCUGGUGGAGGCGCUCACGGCGCCAGUUCGCCCGCACCGCCCUCACCGAGGAUGUCACCGCGCUCAAGGUGCCCGGCGGGGCAGACCCCACGUACGGGGAUAUCUUUGAUGAGUUCUGCACGUCGGGCAGUGGGACGGGCCUGCCUUACCUGGUGCAGAGGACCAUGGCGCGACAGAUCACCUUGGCGGAGUGUGUCGGUAAGGGGCGCUACGGUGAGGUUUGGCGGGGAAACUGGAUGGGGGAGAGUGUGGCGGUAAAGAUAUUCUCGUCCCGUGAUGAGCAGUCUUGGUUCCGCGAGACUGAGAUCUACAACACGGUGCAGCUGCGCCACGAAAACAUCCUAGGUUUCAUUGCGUCUGACAUGACAUCCAAGAACUCGAGCACACAGCUGUGGCUGGUGACACACUUCCACGAGCUGGGCUCCCUGUACGACUUCCUGCAGUACAGCACCCUGGGGCCCGAGGGCUGUCUGCGGAUGUGUCUGUCUGUGGCCUGCGGCCUGGUGCACCUGCACACUGAGAUCCUCUGCACGAAGGGCAAGCCCGCCAUCGCCCACCGCGACCUCAAGAGCCGCAACAUCCUGGUGAAGAGGAACGGCCAGUGCUGCAUUGCCGACCUCGGCCUGGCCGUCAUGCACUCCCAGACCAACGACUACCUGGACAUGGGGAACAACCCACGGGUGGGAACCAAGCGCUACAUGGCACCGGAGGUUCUGGACGAGACCAUACGGAUGGACAUGUUCGAGUCCUUCAAGCAGACGGACAUCUGGGCCCUGGGGCUGGUGCUCUGGGAGAUAACGCGCAGGACGCUGGUCAAUGGGAUUGUGGAGGAGUACCGCCCCCCCUUCUUCGACGUGGUGCCCUCAGACCCCAGCUUUGAGGAGAUGAAGAAGGUGGUCUGUGUGGACCAGUACCGACCCAGCAUGCACAACCGGCUCCACUCGCACCCGAUCCUCACCAGCAUUGCCAAAAUCAUGAGGGAAUGCUGGUUCCAUAACCCUCCAGCCCGCCUCACCGCCCUUCGCGUGAGCAAGACCCUCUCUAAACUGGACCAGGACCACGACUACAGCCCCAACAAACUCAAGCUGGACCUCUAGACUCGCCAGGACCUCACACCCAGACCUGCAAAACAAGGUCUCUUAUUCCCCAAGUGGAUAAAAAGACCAUAAGACCAAAACUGACCCACCCCCACCUGCCACCCAGCAACCCGCCUUGUCCUUAACUGUCCCUUACAACACACUUCAGUGUACCUGAUAUGCAGCUGCAGGAUAUUUAUAUUUUACUCCCGUGACUCCUGGCAUUCCCUGGCUUUUUGGGCAUGGUGUCAUUCCUAAGGGCGUGGCACUGCGGCAGAAGCCCCUGGGGUGGCCAACGGGAGACAGAGGGGGUAUGAGCACUCCCUUCUCACCCUGCCCUUCCCUGCCCAGCGAGUCUCCCCCGUGUAAGUGUGUGUGGCGUGGUGUAAAUCUGCAGUGAGCUCCGCCCAGUUUCUAGACUGUACACAAGCUGCUGGUCUUCACCCAGUCCCUUUCCCUGCUCCCAUUCGCUGGGUCCCGUCGAAGAGCUCAUGGCAUUUCCGCCAUGGUGAGUCCACGGUGUCUCUGCUGUGUGAUGUUUACUGUAGAUCAACAUGAUUCAAGGUCUCCGGUCCGUAAAACCAGGCAUUUUUCUGCUACACCAGCUGCGCUGAACCGUCCAUCAAUGUCAACGCAAAGCAAGGAUGACCCGGUGAAGCACAAGCACUCCCACUCUCUGAGGUAUCUGCACAGAUCGGUGCUAAACCAUGACCUUUGGGACUUCUUCCUGAUGGGCAUCUGCCUUAAUUCCUUACGGAUUCCACUGCUGCAGCCCUUGAGUUUUAACACCUUUCAUUUCUGUUCGCCAAACUUUUAUCUUUAUAAAAACACCUCCUGUAAUUACCCAUGCACUCAUUUUAACAAUAUUAAUAUAUGAAUGACAGAGUAUUUUACACUGCCAUUGCUGUUUAACAAUAAACACUCUCUAUGUAAGAGAGUCGCUCUAAGCUAUUAAACUUUAUAUCCAGGUCUUGGUAAGGGCAUAUAUUUCUGAACUGUGUAGGUUUUUUCUGUGACUUGUUCUUUUUAUUUUGUCAUUUGUGAUGUUGAUUCAUUUUAAUCCUAAUGUCUUAAUUAAAAUAUAAUAUACUGUAUUUUAUCCACAAAACAUUAUGGUAAUAUAUUUAGAGAAAGGAUAACUAUAAUCACUUGACUUCAUCCCAGGCUGAGAACAUGUUAAAGGGAAAUAAAAUACAAUAAAAACAAGUCCCCUCA